AUGGUCUCGAGCACCACCUACUUGCCGCCAAUUCCAUUUGGGCCGCUCGCAGCAGACGCUAAAGGUGCUGAUGCAAGCGGUGGCGCUCCAGCACCGCAACCACAAGGACGUCAGAAGCACAAGCUCGGGCUUACACAGCCUCAUGUACUUUCAACGAGCUGGAGCAGUGUCGCCAGAAUCGUAAACAAGACCGAAGCGAGAAAGAAGAAGGAAGGACAGACGGGGCAAUCGCGUGCUCACGCCCAGGGAUCUAAGCCAAGAAAGGCAGCCUCGCAGGCUCGGCUUCGGCCUUCGGCGAAGGAGCCGCCCGUGAAAAGCAGCAGCACCCCCAUCCUUCCCAAACUGAAGCUGGACUCAGAAAGUUUGGAAAAGGAGGCAGGAAGCCGGAUAUUGCAAGAGGAGGCUGCGCAGCCUCCAACGCCUCCAGAAAAUGCAGAAACCCAAGAUUUUCCAGGCCGAGGCAACACAGAACUCCCUGCAGAUGCAGACAUUGCCGUUUCCGGCUCAGGGCUGGAGACCAAAGAUGCAUCAGAGGAUCAAGAGGCCGAAGCUGAGGAGCUCGAGCAGCCGCAGAAAGACAGCAUACUCGUCGCACCCUGGAAGCGCGGCCUGUCCAAGAAGGGAACCAAAACCUUCAAGAGAAUGGAUAGCCACUUGAUCUUUGAACCGCGGGACGCCGACCAAGAAGCUGCGCCGCAAGAAGUCGACCCACAAGGAGAUGACUUGCCCGCUCCGGAGCAAAGCGAGGGCCAGGAGGCAUCUCCACCCUCGCCCGACGCUGACGCAGGUGCUAAAUCGUCGAGACGCAGCUCAGGGUCGUCCAGCGAGCUGGACGACUUUGGUACCGGCACGCACUCCAUGAACAAAGGAUGGUCAAAGGCAAAGCAGGCCGCACGCCUCGCCGCCACCCUUCGACCGGAGAACAUGCUAGAUACAGUCCAGCAGUGGAGAAAAUGGUGUCGAAAGACAGACCAAGUUUUCGAUGCUGCACCGCAAACUUCGUCUUGGAGGGGAGCUGAAGCAACGGCGAGAUCAAUCCGGGACCUGGACGAGGAGCUAAGUGUAGACAAGGAUCGCUUGCGCCUGAUGAUACAACAGGGCGUUCACAGGUCCAGGAACGGCUUGAAACUCACAGUCAGGCAUGUCCAACCUGAUAUCGACAGAGAGACUCUCUGGAGAAACCGGAGGGAAACCUUGGAAAGGGUGGACACGCAUGGCAAACGGAUCCAGCAGGCACUUCAGGAUUCCUUGCGGGCACGCAAAGAUCUUCGAACUUGCGUUCAGCUGCUCAAGGAGACAAUGACAGAGAAGCCCGACACUGACAAGAAGAAGCCGCGUGUGUCAUCCAAGGAGCGCAAAUGCUCGUGGUCUUCCGGACGCCUUGAUACCAUCAAGAAGAAGCUGGAAGAGUAUAUUCGCACGGGCUCUCUCAGCGACUACGAGGAGGACCGAGAUGAGGCCGCCAAGAAUCGCAAGUCUCUCAUCACAUGA